CCGUAACAACCGCUCGAGCCCUCGCCGCGCCCCUCGCAGCUCCCGCCCAGCCCCCUCCCCGGAACCGGCGGUCGAGCGGCAGCCGCCGAGCAGUGGAACUGCGAAGGCACCGCGGAGCCGCCGGCAUGAGCUCCUCCCGCCGCCCCGCGCCCCGGGCUCGGCCUUUCUGACAAGAGCUAGACUUUGGGAUCCUUGAGGCUAUUCAGCUAUGCACUUUUGAAUAUCCUCUCACCAUAUUCAACAUAACAUUCUUAAUGAUUAUCCUCAGCAGGACAGGUGUGAGAGGAUUGCUAUUGUACUACAAUCAUGGUGCAAAAAUACCAGUCACCAGUGAGGGUGUAUAAACACCCCUUUGAAUUAAUUAUGGCUGCCUAUGAAAGGAGGUUCCCUACAUGUCCGCUGAUUCCCAUGUUUGUGGACAGUGACACUGUGAAUGAAUUCAAGAGUGAAGACGGGGCCAUUCACGUCAUUGAAAGGCGCUGCAAGCUGGACAUAGACGCACCCCGGCUGUUGAAGAAGAUUGCAGGAGUUGAUUAUGUUUAUUUUGUCCAGAAAAACUCUCUCAAUUCUCGGGAGCGCACUCUGCACAUUGAGGCCCAUAAUGAAACGUUUUCCAAUCGGGUCAUCAUUAACGAGCACUGCUGCUACACCGUUCACCCUGAGAACGAAGACUGGACCUGUUUUGAACAGUCUGCAAGUCUAGACAUCAAAUCUUUCUUUGGUUUUGAAAGUACAGUGGAAAAAAUUGCCAUGAAACAGUACACCAGCAACAUUAAAAAAGGGAAGGAAAUCAUUGAGUACUACCUUCGUCAGCUUGAAGAAGAGGGCAUCACCUUCGUGCCGCGCUGGACCCCACCUUCCAUCGGGCCCUCUUCAGAGACGUCCUCGUCCAGCAAGACUCAGGUGGCAUCCACGGCUGUUGUGGUCCCAGAGGCUGCCCUCAAGGAGGGGCUGAAUGGAGAGGCCCUCAGCAACCCUGGAGGGACCCCUGAGCCCACGGUGGGAACCCCUGAUGACAAACUCGAUGCCGAUUACAUCAAGAGGUAUCUGGGUGACCUGACCCCACUCCAGGAGAGCUGCCUUAUCAGGCUUCGCCAGUGGCUCCAGGAAACCCACAAGGGCAAGAUCCCAAAGGAUGAGCAUAUUCUUCGGUUCCUACGCGCUCGGGAUUUUAACAUCGACAAGGCCAGAGAGAUCAUGUGUCAAUCUUUAACAUGGCGGAAGCAGCACCAGGUGGACUACAUCCUGGACACCUGGACCCCACCCCAGGUGCUUCAGGAUUACUACGCGGGAGGAUGGCACCAUCACGACAAAGACGGACGGCCUCUCUACGUGCUCAGGCUGGGGCAGAUGGACACCAAGGGCUUGGUACGAGCCCUGGGCGAGGAAGCCCUGCUGCGAUACGUUCUCUCCAUAAACGAAGAGGGCCUGAGGCGCUGUGAAGAGAACACGAAGGUCUUCGGCCGGCCCAUCAGUUCCUGGACCUGCCUGGUGGACCUGGAAGGGCUGAACAUGCGCCACUUGUGGAGACCUGGCGUCAAAGCCCUGCUGCGAAUCAUCGAAGUGGUGGAGGCCAAUUACCCAGAGACACUGGGCCGCCUUCUCAUCCUCCGGGCACCCAGGGUCUUCCCUGUUCUCUGGACGCUGGUCAGUCCAUUCAUUGAUGACAACACCAGAAGGAAGUUCCUCAUUUACGCAGGAAAUGACUACCAGGGCCCCGGCGGCCUGCUGGACUACAUCGACAGAGAGAUCAUUCCAGAUUUCCUGAGCGGGGAGUGCAUGUGUGAAGUGCCAGAGGGUGGACUGGUCCCCAAAUCUCUGUAUAGGACUGCGGAGGAGCUGGAAAAUGAAGACCUGAAGCUCUGGACCGAGACCAUCUACCAGUCUGCAAGUGUGUUCAAAGGAGCCCCUCACGAGAUUCUCAUUCAGAUUGUGGAUGCUGCUUCUGUGAUCACUUGGGAUUUUGACGUGUGCAAAGGCGACAUUGUCUUUAAUAUCUAUCACUCCAAGAGGUCUCCGCAGCCCCCCAAGAAGGACUCCCUAGGGGCCCACAGCAUCACCUCUCCAGGCGGGAACAACGUGCAGCUCAUCGACAAGGUCUGGCAGCUGGGCCGCGACUACAGCAUGGUGGAGUCGCCCCUAAUUUGCAAAGAAGGAGAAAGCGUGCAGGGCUCUCAUGUGACCAGGUGGCCAGGCUUCUACAUCCUGCAGUGGAAGUUCCACAGCAUGCCGGCGUGUGCGGCUACCAACCUGCCCCGGGUGGACGACGUGCUGGCCUCCCUGCAGGUGUCCUCACACAAGUGCAAAGUGAUGUACUACACAGAAGUGAUCGGCUCCGAGGACUUCAGAGGCUCGAUGACCAGCCUGGAGUCCAGCCACAGUGGCUUUUCCCAGCUGAGCGCCGCCACCACCACCUCCAGCCAGUCUCACUCCAGCUCCAUGAUUUCCAGGACUGUGUCAGGGGAGAGCGGAGCUGAGCCAGUGCCCCUGUGAGUCGUGAAGAGAGACCCAGUGGUGGCGAUCCCGUGUCUGGAAGAAGUCAUGCUGUGUCUCUUCUGUGGCCGUCAUGGUGUGCUUGAUGGGGUGUUUCCUUAUGAAGCAGGUGCCUCGGGAAAUGGAGCAGGCAGGCAUGGCCUGCCGAAGGCUGGGUUGCCUCAUCCCAGCUCCCCUGCCAUCAGUGGAUCUGUAGGGACAGCGGAGCCCAGGCUGCGGAGUGGGCUCUUACCCUGUGCAGUACAGGGCAGGCUGGGAAGACCAUGGCUGGCUUGCUAGGGCCCAGAAUCCAGGGGUUAUUCCUUCUCCUCGCUAGGGUCGGUCCUGGGGAUCCGCCAAGGUGUCCGGCCAUCAGGUGGGGUGGGAAGCCUGGGCAUGUGCUGCAGCCUGGAUGACAAGUGUGUCCACAGGCAGCCGGACUAGGUAAUUUCCUAGCCCGAGUGGCACCCACACCACUCGCUGGUGUGGAUGGAAGGCUUUUAUGGAAUUCUGCGUGUUCCUAUGAUGAUGAGUCAGACCAGCUUCCCGAUGGCCUUUGGCUUGCUGGUCUGGUACUCGAUGAGAGCCAGAAGCGGUAUGGAAACCAGCCAGUCGGGGUUAUCUCAGCCAUCCCUUGACUGUCUUCAGAAAGUGCCCCUGGAAGGGAGUGUCCUGCACAGUGCUCCUCGCCAUCCACCUUGGAGGACGGAACCGCGGCGUGCCAGAUCCCUGUAGGAGCACAGGCUGGCCUUAGGCUGUGGCAAACCAGCCAGCAUUGCCUUUGAAGUUAGGGCUAGGGAAGCCGGAUUCUGGGAAGAUAGUGGUGGCAUCCCCGCAGCCACACAACUAGGCUACAGAACCUAAAACCACGGGUAAGCUGAACUGUAUGCUUUAAAGUCGCAAGAACAGCCACGCUUGUUGUAUGAACAAGAAGGACAUCCAGUGGACAUCGUUUAUGAUAAAGCCAGGUGAUAAGUGCCUCUUGGGAGACAAGCAUAGGUCAAACCACCAAGAGCCAUAAGAUGCAUGUGACCCGCAGGUUCUCAGUGUUGGAAGGGAGGCAGGGGUUGAGAGCAGCAAAACAGGCUGGGCUGGCCACUCUCCUGUAACCCCCAUGGCUGACCAGCGCAGAGCUCUAUGGACAGGUCUAGGAGAAGCAGAAUGGGCCCUUAGAACCCUAAACUGACUGCCAGGACUCCCUCCUAGAAAGGUCCCUGCCGCAGUCUGGCUGGGCACACAAUCACGAGCCACCACACAGCUUGUAGAUUCAAACAGCAACUCUUUAUUCCCGAACUCACACCAGCACUCUACAAUCACGUUCUGGGGAAAUCCACGUUCUCUGCCCAAAUCCACCCCCACUGGGCUUCUGUCUCCCAAAAAAUACUGUCUGAAUCCCUUGAGAACUCAAGGGGAACUCAGGCAGCAGGAUAUGCCCUAUUCCCAGCAGGAAUAACCUUAAACCUGGAACCACCCUAAACCCAGAUUGUCCUAAACCGGGAACACCCUAAACCCGGAUCCGCCCUGGUCCUUGAGCAAGGUCACCUUACAUGCAAUGUCACUGCAAAAUGUCCUAUUUCCACGAGUCCUUCCACUAAGCAACAUGGGGUACGCUGGCAAGGAAAUUGUCAUACCUACUUGGCUAAUGGCUCCCAGCAGGUCCCCUGCUGAGGAAUAUAGAUUCAGAGGAGGGGCGAGCCCAGGUGGGUGCAGGACCCUUGAGAGCAGGUGCACAUGUGUCUCAGACCCCACCAAAGAUACAGAAGAGGGAGCUCUGAGCUAGAGACCACCUUCUUCUGAAAGCUGGAAACAUUUUCACAGGAAAAUGAGCAUCCAAAGGUCUGGACAUCGAGGCCAGGCGAAGCCAAGAGGCACCGCAGGACACCUCAGUGGGGGACGUGCGCCUGCCAAUGGGUGAUGGCCCAGCAUUAAGACUCGAAUUUUAAAAUGUGAACUAACUGACAUGAAGGAGAUGACAGGAGACGCAGAAAACACAUGAGAAUUAGAAAAACUCGGAAAUGAGCUGGCACAAUAAAGUAUCAUGAAUGAAAAAAAUUCAGAAAUGUGAGACAGCAAAACCCAGCAGAGUAUGGUUUUACCAUCGGGAGGAAAGGAGCAGAUGGAAAGACUUAGAAAGUGGCACGUGGAAGAUAAGCCAAGAUCAAACCUGGGUGACACGGGAAGAGUGAGACCCAAGAAGGACCAAAAUCAGGAAAUAUUUUCGUAGACAGGCUGAGUAUUUUUUGGUACUGGAUCCACACCCCUGGCCUUGCCCCUGCCUUUCCAAGUUCCUGAGGUUGGCUUAGAGCCCGCCAUUCUCCUGCCGCUGGCUCCCUAGUGCUGGGAUUACAUGUGUGCACCAUGGUGCCCGCUGGAUGUUUUUAAAGACUCACCCUUGGGGCAUUUAGGGAGGGAGAUCAGGUUUUUUGAGGACUGAGCUUUAGGCCAGAAGCAAAAGGAAUAAUUAUGACUCUUCAAGGGAAGAGUGAGCCGAGGGAUUUUUGUCCAGUAAACGGACUGAAGUUAGGAGCCUUGGUGCAUCUGCCAGGUUGUGUGGGAGAGCGUGUCCUCAGUACGCCUUCCUUGGGGCUCUAGAGAAGAGGCUACAGACAGCCUGUGUGAGUGCACGGGGCUGGUGUCAGGCUGGGAAGGAGGACAGGGUGCCAGGCGGCAGGUGUCCUACUAUUGCUUUUUAGAGUAGAGGGAGCAUAGGCAAACAUUGUUAAGUUUUUAGUGUUUUUUUUUUUUUUUUUUUUUCUCUUUUGGACCAGGGGUUGAACCCAAGACAAUCAUUAACCAUUGAGCCACAUGCCCAGCCCUUUUUAUAUUUUAUUUAGGGACAGGGUCUCACUACGCUGCUCAGGGCCUCACCAAGGUGCUGAGGCUGGCUUUGAACUCCUGAUUCUCCUACCCCAGCCUCCUGAGCUGCUGGGGUCACAGACAUGAGCCACUGUGAGGUUUUUAAUGAUUAUAUCAGCAGCUUUAUUAAUACUGCCAUUGGGCCAGGCCUUAUGGCACCCAUCUGUCAUCCCAGGGACUGGAAUCUCAGCAACUUAGCCAGACCCCAUCUCAAAAUAGAAAUUUUUAAAAGAGUUGGAGAUGUAGCUCAGAGGUAGAACCCUCCUGGCCACCCCUAGUACUGCAGUGAUAAUGUUGUCAUUGGGGGAGUGUUGAUGUGACCAUUAUGGACGUUCUGGCUCCAGGGUCGUCCUUUCCCAUAUCCAGGCCUCUCUGUGGAAGACCCCCUGGGACAGAGGCUGCCAGCUCUGUCCCCACCCUGAACUGGAAGGUUCCUGGGCGGUCCUGGGCUGCCCCAGGAACCACCAGGCUAACUGCCCUUUUCUAGAGGAGCACGUUCGGGUGAUAAUAGCUUUAACACAAGGAGGUGACAGUAGCCGGGACAGCAGUUCCAUCUUCCAUCUGGGGAUUGAGCUGUGGUGUGGCAAGGGGCAUGUGGCAGUCCUAACUAAUGCAGCAUCUUUUUUGGCUUGUGGGGUUUCUUUAUUUUAGGAUAAAAAGGUUUAUUGUUUUUUUGUGUGUUUAGUCAGGACUUUACGUCGGUCAGUUCACCUGGAAGGAAAGUCAACAGUAGUUCUUUAACUGGAGACUCAGGUUUUCUUCUGAUCAAGUCCUGGGACAGGGACAGCUGUGACCUGUGUGCAGGCACCGAGUUCUAGGGCUGCGUCUGCAGGAGCUCAAGUCUGACCCACAUCCUAUGGCCUUGCAGGGACAGCAAAGCAGGACACUCAACGGCAGAGAGGGCAGCAGAGGCCCAAGCCGGCCCUGGUCCUGCUCAUGCCCUGGCGCUCUGGCUGCCUCAGUUCAGCCUGGCUUCUGCAGUGGCUCUGCCCUUACCUUUGGGCUUAAGACCCAGUCCCCAGGACCUAGUUUUGACAGGGACAUGGAAACUCUCGGGAGCCCUUCCUGGGUCCCUAUGCUAGCCCCUGCUACUCGCUGUCCAUGAGAGACACGAAGGACAGGAAAAGCUGUUGCUGGGCACCCUGGGCUCUUCUGGAGAAGCAGCCAGGGAGAGUCCUAGCUCAGCCCUGAUGGACAGAGCAGCUGCCGAGAAGGCCCUGGCUCCAUCCACUCCCCUGAGGGCACGUUGCGCCCAGAGCUGGAAGCGAGGCCCUGCUGGGGCUGCUGAGCUCUUCCCCUUCCCCUUCCACGGCCAGCCUACACCAUAAUCGGAGGGACCCCGUGCUGCAGUUGGGGGAGACAAGCCAGAGUCCAGAGGGGGCCUAGGAAGGGGGACCUGGCUCUGCCAGGGUGCUCCUCCCCUGGCACCAGCUUGGCCUCAUGUCACCUGGCCAAAGCCCGGGGGUGGGACGACGGGGGCUUUGCUCCCUGGGCUCUGCCUGGGCCAGGGCCGUGGAGGAGCAUCAGCUGCCGUGCCUGCAGAAAUCCCCCCGAGUUUCAUGCCUUGGCCUGGCUCGGCAACAGGGUUUCCAGGCGUUUGGUCAGACAUGAUUCUCCGUGUGCCAUAGUUUUGGAUCCAGAAUAUCCCCCAAAGGCCAUGUGUUGAAGGCUUGUUUUUGGGGUGGCACUGUUGGGAGAUGGUGGAACCUUUAGGAGCUGGGCCCUCGUGGGAGGUCUUCAGGUCAUUGGGGUGCCCUUGGGGGGACAGUGGCCCCGCACUCUCUUCACUGUUUUGCUUCCUGCCAGGAGGAGAGAGGUUGUGCACCGUGGCCCUCCGCAUGAAGGGGCCUCGGCACAGGCCCAAAAGCAGAGGGGUCAGCUGAUCGUGGCCCCUCCAAAGCCAUGAGCCAGAAUGUGGCCUCUAGUUGGCUCUCGGAUCUGUCACUUUGGUGCCCAGCGCUGUCAAGGCAGAUGUCUCCGGGUGAGUUCAGCCUCUGGUUGGUAGGUGGCGUGAAGCAGGCUCCUGAUGGGGGUGGACCUCAUCCACCAAGGGCCUGACAAGCAGAAAGGCUGACCCUCCCCAGAGGAAGAGGCUUCUCCCACCUGCCCCCUUAGAACAGGGCACAAAUAGGACAGCAAAGGCACAACUGCCCCGCAGGGCACUUGAGCACAGCCCUGGGCCCUGGACCAGCAGGGCCAUGCCCGCCCCUGUGCCAAGCCGGCUGGGAGACUGGCACCAGGGGGCGCCUAAACCAGGGGGGGUUUGGCGCCUCAAGGCAAAGCUCAUGCAUUUCUUCCCUCUUCAGGAGAGGACACGAGAUGACCGCAGGGCAUGAGACUAACAUGUCCUGCAGCUCAGGAGCCCUGGAAAUGACCGGGCAGAAUGCUGGUUGGGGUGAGCGCCAGAUCGGGAGCCAGGGGGUGUGGCGGGAGACAGAGGGCCGGCAGGGCAGCACCAGGCUUUCCCGCGCCUUUCUAUUCUCUCCCCCAGGCUGGCCUUCUGUGACCGUCACCCACCACCCCCUGUGGAGGGCAGGCCUCACCAGGCUGGGACAUCUGCCUUGUGUGGGGAUUCGCCUCUGUCUAGGGCCCACCCAGGAAGGACGCACAGAGACCUAGGAAGUGGCAGGCUCUGGCCCAAGGGCUCGACCAGGAUCUGACCUCGUGCUUUCUGGGGCUCUUGGCCUUGCCAGACCCCUUCUUCCAUCAAAGCUCCUUGGAAAGCGCGUUACACGACUGUGCAACGGACACAUGCAGUGUACCCUCAACCCACAAGGCGCUCACACCAGCAGGACUCAUCUCCCCUGAUUUUACAGGAAAUUAAAACAAGAGUUUUAACAGAA